AUGCGUUUUGCGACUCUCCUCGCCUGCGUACUGCCUCUUGCACAGGUUGCAGUGGCGGCACCUUUCGCCGGGUCCAACUUGUACUACGCUGCUGGGCUGACCGCUGAUGGACGAACGGCGUAUCUCAAGACCCUUCAGAGCGCGGGCAUGAAGGUACUCCGUGUCUGGCUCGAUGGCCAAAGCGGCUCACCAAAGGGAACCUCGAUCAACGCCUUCCCCGACCUCGAACCGACCAAGAUCUGCGAUGGCGACACCUCCUGCUACAACCCAACCGUUCUCGAACGCCUCGACGACUUCAUGGUCGCCGCUCACUCCUUCGGGAUCAAGCUCCUCAUCUCGAUGCACAGCUUCAACGCGCUCGCGGCCGGGGACGUCUACGGCGCGAUCUACGGCACCGGCUUCUUCUACGAGCAGGCGACGCCGCAGGCCGCGUUCGACAAGCGGCUGGAGUACAUCCUCAACCACGAGCACACGACGCUCGGGAAGCCGUGGAAGGAGCUGCGCGACUACAUCUUCGCGUUCGAGGCCGAGAACGAGGCGAUGAUCGGCAAGGGCGCGGACUACAUUGCCGCGCACACGCAGUGGCAGUGCGACCGCGCGCAGACGAUCAAGAACCAGCUCGGGUCGAACAGCGGGAUCCUCGUGACGACCGGCGGCGAGUCGUACCUCGACGAGUCCAUGCAGACCGCGUGGUUCGGCUGCGACGCGCUCGACAUGCUCGCCAUCCACGCGUACGGCCCGGGCGACUUCGACACCGCGAAGCUCGAGGGCUACGUCACCAAGGCCGUCGCCGCCGGCAAGCUGCUCAUCAUGGAGGAGUGGGGCGUGUGCUACGCGACGUCGGCGAACAACGGCGCGGCGAACUGCGACCCGGGCGACGGCGCGCAGAGCGCGUCCGCGCGGAACGCGGACAUCGCCCAGUGGUCCGCCCAGAUCGUCGCCGCCGGCCUCCCCUGGCUCUACUGGCAAGCGAUCCCGAACGCGGACCCGCACCAAGGCGCGGACUUUGAGAUCGGUGUCACCGGGGACCCGUCCUGGACGGCGCUGCAGGCGGCGGCGAAGGCGGCGUCGAGCGCGUCCUCGCCAUUCGACUUCUCGAAGUACCUGUUAUAA